AUGUCCAGCGCGCGCGACGAUGGUGACGAUGUGUUCAUGACGUCUUUAUCGACGCUCGACGCGCCGACUCGACCGGCGGCGACGUCGGACGAACGCGCGUCCGAAGAACCGAACGGACAAGCGACCUCCGCUGAUGACGAGUCUGCAUCCACAGCGAACUGUUCUCACGCCAUCUGCAUAGAAAAUCUCGAGCGAGCGAUGACGUCGUAUGCGCGCGCGUCUGAGUCGUGUUCGCGCGCCGAAGAUGAGCUUCGUCAACGGACGAUGACCAGACGCCGCGAGGACGUGAAGGGUCUUUUGCGCGACGAAGCAGAACGCGUCGAGCGCCUGUGCGACGCGAACACGCGAUUCUUUCUCCCGUCAUCAAAGACAAGCAUGGGCGUGGAUGCACACGUCGUGUUUCGUGGCGUCACUUCUCCUCGUGUAGAAGAUCUUUCGUUUGGCGCGGCGGUGGACGGCGCCGUUGAACGCGCGCGAGUCGCCUAUCGCAGAAAGCGAUCCCUCCUCAAAGCGACAGCUAUUUCGUUAGAAGACGUCGAUGCGAGCCUGGAAGAAACGAAUCGAGUGCUCGACGUGCUCGGUGAAGUUGAUACCGACGGCGACGAGGAUGAGAACGCCGCCUCGUUGCGACACGUCGAUCGCGCCUUGCGAGAAUGCCGCACUCGAUGA